UAAGCUACGGUUCAGAUCGUAUGUGGUGUAACGGCGGAUCGGUUGGUUUCAAACAAUAAAAUAUGGGCGCAUGACUAUGCAGUGAAAUACUAGUACUAGUGAUAAAAUAGUCAAGCACUUGGUGAUCGUUUUCAGAUAAAUUAAGGCAUUGUUUGGCUGUUUGUUUGAUUACAAAAGAAUAAGAAAUAUAACAACAACAACAACAAAAACGUUCUCAAAUAUGGAUAAUGAGAAUGGCCUAUGAAUAAGAAAACAAAAACGAAAUAGCGUGUGAAUAUUAAAAAAGAACUUUUGAAUUAUUACAAAUCUAAUCGAAAAACGGAACUACCAUCAUAUUUCGAGGAAAUCUGGGGAAAAAUGUGAUUUGUUUGGAAAAUGAAUUAAAAUAUUCAAAGUCCGAUUUGAAUUUAAAAUUUUAACAAUUUUUGGUCCACAAUCCAUACAUCUUCUAUCCACACCAAAGCCAUUCGACCUGUCCAUUGUAGUCCAAUUCAGUGCAUUUUGGAUUAUUAGCUUGUGUUUAUGCUCCACAUCUUCCGGCACAAUGGGUCGCUUUUGCAAUCAUAAACUUUUGCUCAAUUGCUGUAAUUUUUUAUUUUUAAUAUGUGGCACAAUCCUUAUCGUUUCGGGUUUCUAUCUAUUUACGGAUACAAAAAGAAUACUCCUUUCCCGGCUGUUGGCUGCUACAAGUGAACGACUCAAUGACUUGCCUGAGCCCCUCUUCUAUUACAUAUCUGUGGGACUGGCAAUGGCCGGCCUAAUUGCAGUGCUUGCAGCAAUGAUGGGUUUCUGGGCAUCCUGUUUGAAUACCUAUUGCUGUCUGAGUUUUUACUUCCUGACCGUUGUGGUACUACUUUUAGCCGAAUCCGUUGUGUGCUUGGCCAUAACAUUAUGGCCUCACUGUCUGGGCAUUAAUUUGGAUGAAACGAAAAUGACCAAAGCUUUGCAGGCAAAUUAUGGAGUUCCUGGACGAGAACAAUUCACCGUUGCCAUGGAUUUGGCUCAGGCCAAAUUUGGCUGUUGUGGAAUGAUAAGUGACAGUGAUUAUGAGAUAUCUUUGUGGAGGCUACAGCCGUAUGGGCAACGUGAUUGGGUGGUGCCACUUACCUGUUGCAUUCUGGAUAAUCCGGGAGAUAAGAAAAGUCAUUUGGAUCCCAAACCGGCUAAUGAGACUCAGUGUCAAUCGUUCGAAAAGAAAGACUACACACAAUAUCGUUUUACAUUGCCCUGCCUUAGCUACUUAGAUAACUGGUAUCGUCAACAGUAUGUCAUCUUUUUGGCGGCAAGUCUCAUUAUAGCCGUGGUGGAAUUUUGUGUUCUGCUCAGCAUCACGCUGGCCUGUACGAGAAUCUCAACGAAAAAGGUUCAAGUUCAAAGUUUUAUGGAACUUCGACCACGUGUAAAAAGGCGACAAUCUAUUGUGGAGAAUGUCUAUGAACCCGAAGUUGAGUUGAGAAUGGCCGAGGAGCCACGUGGUGCUAUUAUACAUGGGGUGCCCAGUGAUAUUUCGGAAGACUUCAAAGAGGUCUAUAUUCAACCGCGUGAUUUGUACAAGAAUCGUUAUAAUACCACAUUCAAACCGAUUUCCAGUGAUUAUAGUGUUCCAACAACACGAAGUUAUUUAGUUUAGUUAUUAUUGUAGCAUCCAGAUUAUAGGAGUAAUAAAAGUAAAUCAUAGUAUUAAGUUUUGUAAUUAUUGAACUGAUUUGCUCAUUUGAAAUUAUAAAUUAUUGUGCAUUUUUUUAUAGACAUAAAUAAGUAGAUAUGUAUGUAAGUAGUUUUGUAUGUGGUUGAUCUAUCCGUAUCAAAUAUUUUUGUAUCAAUGUUGAAAAUAAAACGAAACCAAAGAAUAUUAUUCGAAACUGGUGA